AUGGAUUCCAUGAAUUCGACUUUUUCGACAACCACCCCGGGAACCUACUGGGAUUACUAUAAUAAUAUCGCCGGGCAUAGUUCUCAACUGAAUGUUGCCGAGCGCCUUUGGGCUGCUUGGUACGCCUGGAUGCAAAACGAUGUCCUAGCGACCGGUAUCAUGUCCUUCGUCAUGCACGAACUGGUCUAUUUUGGGCGGUCUCUACCUUGGAUCCUGAUUGAUACGCUUGGGUUCUUCAAGAACUACAAAAUCCAAAGCAGCAAGAUUCCCUCUUUACGGGAACAGUGGGACUGUGCCAAAUUCGUCCUUCUGAGCCAUUUCACGGUGGAAUUGCCGCAAAUUUGGCUGUUCCAUCCAAUGGCCCAAUUCUUCGGCCUUUCUACGUCUGUUCCAUUCCCUUCAAUCUGGACCAUGGCAUACCAGAUCGCGAUCUUUUUCGUCAUGGAAGACACAUGGCAUUAUUUCUCUCACCGUGCUCUGCACUGGGGUCCGCUUUAUAAGGCUAUUCACAAGAUCCAUCAUCAGUAUUCUGCUCCGUUCGGUAUGGCCGCCGAGUAUGCAUCACCCAUUGAAGUCAUGAUUCUUGGAUUCGGUACAGUCGGGUGCCCAAUCCUGUGGUGCGCAGCCACCGGGGAUCUGCACAUCUUCACGAUGUACGUUUGGAUUGUACUUCGACUAUUCCAGGCAAUCGAUUCACACAGUGGAUAUGAAUUUCCAUGGAGUCUGCACCAUUUCCUACCCUUUUGGGCUGGUGCGGAUCAUCAUGAUCUCCAUCACGAAAAGUUUGUUGGGAACUACUCGAGUAGCUUCAGGUGGUGGGACUACGUCUUGAACACGGAAUAUAGCCCGGAGGCUAUCAAGCGUAGAAGGGAGCACAGGGCAGGAAACAUCCCAAAGAAGGUACAAUAA